AACCGAAUCACUUGAAACCCGGGAACUGUGCUAGGCCGAUGGAGGUCCGAGAACCGGACGUCGCGACGGUGGCGAUGGGCGAGCCCGUCGCGGCGGGGGCCGCCUGCGUGGCCGAGCCGCCUCGGAUCUGGCGGCUUGACGAGUCAGUGGUUAACCGGAUUGCGGCUGGGGAGGUCAUCCAGCGGCCGGUCUCGGCGGUGAAGGAGCUCGUGGAGAACAGCCUCGACGCAGGCUCCACCUCCAUCUCCGUUGUCGUCAAGGACGGCGGCCUCAAGCUCAUCCAGGUCUCUGAUAAUGGCCACGGCAUCCGAUCUGAAGAUCUUCCAAUACUAUGUGAAAGACACACCACGUCGAAAUUAUCUGCCUAUGAGGACCUCCAGUCAAUUAAAUCCAUGGGUUUUAGAGGAGAAGCUUUGGCCAGCAUGACUUAUGUUGGUCAUGUGACAGUGACAACUAUAACUGAGGGCCAGCUGCAUGGUUAUAGGGUUUCCUAUAGAGAUGGAGUAAUGGAGCACGAACCCAAACCCUGUGCUGCAGUAAGAGGAACUCAGAUAAUGGUUGAGAACCUCUUCUAUAAUAUGAUUGCUCGUAGAAAAACUUUGCAGAAUGCCAACGAUGAUUAUGCAAAGAUUGUUGACCUAAUUAGUCGGUUUGCAAUCCAUAACAGCAGUGUGAGCUUUUCCUGCAGAAAGCAUGGUGUUAAUAGAGCAGAUGUUCACACUGUUACUACUUUGUCAAAGCUUGAUGCCAUCAAAACCAUAUAUGGCAUUUCUGUUGCUCGUGAUCUGAUGGAGAUAACUGUUUCGGAUGACAAUCCUUCUCGAUCAAUAUUUGAGAUGAAUGGUUUUAUUUCAAAUGCAAAUUACACAGCAAAGAAAACUACUAUGGUUCUUUUCAUAAAUGACAGGCUGGUUGAAUGCACUUCCUUGAAGAGAGCUGUAGAAGUUGUAUACUCAUCAACUCUGCCAAAGGCAUCUAGACCUUUCAUUUAUAUGUCAAUUAAACUUCCAUCUGAGCAUGUAGAUGUGAAUAUCCAUCCCACCAAAAGAGAGGUGAGCCUUUUGAAUCAAGAGAGUCUUAUUGAAACUAUACAGAAUGCCGUGGAGUCCAAAUUGAUGACUUGUAACACCACAAGGACAUUCCAAACUCAGACUGUAAGCUGUGCACCAGCAAGUAACUUUACUGCAAGAAAGGACACUGAGAUCAGUCCUUCCGUUUCUGGGACAAAAUCCCAGAAAGUGCCAGUAAAUCAAAUGGUUAGAACAGAUUCUCGUGAUCCUUUUGGUAGGUUGCAUGCCUACUGGCAAGAUUGUCCUGCUUCCCAGCAUGAAAAGAAAUCAGAGCUGGCUUCUGUUAGAAUUGCUGUAAGGCAAAGGAGGAACCCAAGGGAAUCUGCAGAUCUCACCAGCAUCCAUGAGCUUCUUAAUGAAAUCGAUCAAAACAUUCAUCCAGGUCUCUUGGAAAUUGUCAAAAAUUGCACAUAUAUUGGACUUGCUGAUGAAGUUUUUGCACUACUUCAACAUAAUACUCAUCUGUACCUUGUGAAUGUGGUGAAUGUUAGCAAAGAACUUAUGUUUCAACAAGUCAUACGCCGCUUUGCCCAUUUCAAUGCCAUCCAACUUAGUGAGCCAGCACCUUUACCAGAAUUGUUAAUUUUGGCAUUAAAAGAUGAAGACUUAGAAUCUGGAGGUGACAAUGAUGAUGAAUUGAGAAAGAAGAUAGCAGAGCUUUAUGUUGCUUUCUGCCUUGCGUGUCAGAUGAAUACCGAGUUACUUAAACAAAAGCGUGAGAUGCUUGAAGAGUAUUUCUGCAUAAAUAUAAAUCAAGAGGGGAAUUUGACGAGACUACCCGUGAUACUUGAGCAGCAUACUCCUGAUAUGGACCACAUUCCAGAAUUCUUGUUGAGUUUGGCUAAUGAUGUUGAUUGGGAGAAUGAGAAAGAAUGCUUCCAGGCAAUAUCUGCAGUUCUCGGUAACUUCUAUGCCAUGCAUCCUCCUGUCCUGCCUAAUCCAGCAGGUGAUGGGAUUGAAUUCUACAAGAAAAUUAACGGCAAAGCUGCGUCUAUUGAUGAUGCAGGCAAUGAGUUGACUGGCACUGAUGAUCAUGGACAAGAUGAUCUUGACCAGGAGCUACUGGCUGAGGCAGAAACUGCCUGGGCCCAGCGUGAGUGGAACAUUCAGCACGUAUUAUUCCCAUCUAUGAGACUGUUUCUCAAACCACCAAAAUCAAUGGCUACAGAUGGAACUUUUGUUCAGGUUGCUUCUCUAGAGAAGCUCUACAAAAUCUUUGAAAGGUGUUAGAAAUAGCUCGUACAAAUGUAAGCUACUUAGUAAAUGCUCAAAGAUCGGGGAAUCAGAUGCCCUGUAAAUUGAACCAUUCUACUAUGGUUAUCAAAGAUGGUUAAGAUCUGCUCUAGUAUGUUUGGAUGAAAAAUGCAGGAAUUUUGAUGCUUUUUUGUUUUUUCACGGAUAGAGGGCAUGCCUUGUGUCAUGCUGGUAUAGCUUUUUGAUGUGAACUAUCAUCAUGCAUUAAUAUUUUCAAGAAAGUUCCUGUUUAAUCAGUUGAGAAAAGCUUUCUGUAUUCUCAUUAAA